AUGCCGUUCCUUUCAAGCGACGCCGUUGAAUUUAAACUCAGCAAUAAUCAGGAACCCUCUGGUGGUGAUAACCUCAUUACAGGGGAUUCUGAUGACUCUGAUUUCAACGAAACCCAACCAAACGGUUUGAAAUGUCGUGCUUGCGGCCAUAUUGUCCGUCCCAUCCAAAAGAUACAAAAUCAUUGCGCUGAAAAGCAUCAAUGGAUCAACCCAAGAGGCAGGGGAAGACCAGCACCGAAUUGCCACACAUCCGCUGAUGAGCUACCAUGGGAGGAACAUGUCGCUUGUCAGCGAUUCUUUCCUUCUGGGGAAGGCAGCAAAUGGUUCCAGGUCAACACACAGGCAAAAGGACGGGCGAGCAGAUCGAAAGUAAAGCCGAGCACCAAGAAGCCGCAAGGAACGCCCCAUGUUCUCACAUCUGAGGCAUCAGCCCAUCUACAACAAGUCAUAGACCGAGAGGCCAGAUAUCGAGAAGCUUUGGGUCAACCACGAUCAAAUACCAAUGACACAGGAACUGACACUUUUGCCUCUACAAGCUUAUGGCUGGACAGAACACAAUGGCCUUCUAUCUACCGAGGGUCCCGAAGAGACGUCCUGCGAGCGUUAAUCAGACUACCCGAUCGCCACUCUCUCAACAUAGACUACAUCUUGGGUCAGGGCAGUUCGGAAGGCGCGCCGGACCUCGUAAGCCCAAGAGAGGACGAACAGAAGAUAUCAUGCAUCAUGAGAGCACUGGACUCUGUAAUAGACCGUUGUGAGGAUACGGUUCUUAGUACCAGUCACAAUCUUCGUUGCUGGCUGCUCAGCUCAAGGCUCCAGAGCCGGCGGGAGAUCGCCUUCAACUUGGUUGCAGAGAAGAGUAGCGAGAUUAAAUACCGGAGAACUCAGAAGCAAUUGCUGGCUUUUGUCCUGCGAGUAUACCGAAUGCCGGAUGGCUCUCGACGAGAAAUGACGAAUGUGAAGAUAAAGCCGGAGAUCUCCACACAGCUAGAUCAGAUAUGGGAGCACAACAUCUGGAACCAUCUCGACGUGUCGGAGGGAACUUGGCCGAUUAUGAAAAGACAGAGAAGUUCCGUGGUAGGGAUAUACUCUGAUCCUACGGGCGGUCAAUCCAUUGACGUUCCUCUCAAUACUCGAGUUUGUCAGGGACCAGGCCGGAAAGAAGGCGUCGAGGAUGACGAGACAGACGAUGAGAACGUUGAAGCUUGGGAACUUGAGGACGACGAGGAUGAUGAGGACGACCAGAGCGACUACGGUGAUUCUGGAUAUUAUGAUGAUGAUUCUGGUGGAUACACAGCUAGAACUCACCAAGGUCUGUUCUCAGGCGUAUCAAAGGACUCUGCUGCUUAUGAAAUCGAUCACUUCCUUCAACUCUUGUUCCAACUUUGUAUCACACUUAGUACCGAAAGCUUUCUCGGCGGGCAGCCAAGCUCCACACUGCUUAUAUAUUUCAGCGGUAUCCUUGGGUUCUCUGCGGAUGGUCAGAGAUUCCAACUCGCUCGUCAGUAUUGCUCAAAACUGUCAGCGAUGAUCUAUGUACAGCGUCUAUUAUUCCUGGAGCAAGCACUGCCUUUGCACGGAUAUGGAGUGCUCGGUAUUCCACAACGGCCGGAAGUUGGACAAUUCGAGUAUUUCGACGAAGUCCGAACCAAGUAUAUGAUUCUAGGCUCGCAGUACCCAUUGGCGGAGCUGAUAAGCCUUCGAGAUUUCGGACGCAACGUUGCACGCACUGAGCCACCAGCCAUGCUCUUCCACUGGAGCAAUGAUGGCGAGACAAUAUCUCAUGGGACUGUUCAAAAGUACUAUGCGAUCGAUUAA